UGCUAUGUGAUAACAAACCCACACAAAUGUAAGCACUGAUCAGUGGACUAACGAUGAAAAUGUGAAUUUUCAAUUUCAAUUUUGUAGUUUAGUACUCAGUAAACUACCUAGGGUAUUUGUUUUUAUUUCUUUACUACUUUGCUAGUUUCAGAAGUAAAUGAAAGUAUAAUCCACCAAUUCAAUAUUACACUAAUACAGUUACCAGAUCAUUCGUUUACGAUAAAUAUAGUAUCAGUAAAUAUGGAUAUUUCAACAGAAAUCAUUUCGGCUUUAAGACAGUCUUUUUUAGAUAAACUCGAAAAGGAAAAGGAAAUAUUUCAUCCUAUGGACCUUGCUAAAAUAAAUAAUACAGAUUUAUGGCUCAAGCGAUUUUUGAUUCAUAAUGAUGGUAACCAAGCAGAGGCGUUAUCAAUGUUAUGGAAUGUAUGUGAAUGGAGAAAAUCAUUUGGUGUUAAUGAAAUAAGUGAGUCAAAUGGUACAGUUAAGAUCGAUUAUUUAGAAGAAGGUAUAAUGUUCCCUCAUGGGGUUGAUAAUGAUGGUAAACUUAUGUUUAUUAUUAGAUGUAAAUUACAUUUUAAAAAUUCAAAAGAUCCAGAGGAAUGUAAAAAGUGUGCAGUAUAUUGGUUUGAAAGAAUGGAAAGAUUAACUAAUGGUGAUCAAAUUACAAUAUUUUUUGAUAUGAUGGGUUCUGGUUUAAGUAAUCUUGAUAUGGAAUUUACUAACUACUUAAUUAAUUUACUAAAAAUGUAUUAUCCAGCAUUUUUAAACUAUAUCAUAAUUUUUGAAAUGCCAUGGGUUUUAAAUGCCGCUUUUAAAAUAAUCAAAACAUGGUUACCAGCUAGGGCUGUGAAAAAAAUUAAAUUUUUAAGUAAAAGUAAUUUAAAUGAAUUUGUACCAAAAGAAUCAUGUAUGGUGAGUUGGGGUGGUGAAGACUGUUAUGAAUUUAAUUUUGAACCAGAAACAAAAAAAGUUGAAGAAACCAAGAAAAAGGUUCAUUUUGCAGAGACAAUGGAAGUAAAAAAUGAUUCAGGAGAUAUUAGAGAUAUAGUGUAUAUGCCUAAAGAAUUUAAAUUAAAAAUAGUUCCUAGUGAAGUACUUAUCUUUAAUAAAGAUAAUAGCAAUGGUAACAAGGAAUUAAUUGCUAGUCUUAUGUUUACAAAUGAUUAUAAAGAUUCUAUUGCUUUCAAAAUAAAAACUACUUGUCUUGUUAAAUAUAAAGUACGUCCAAGUACAGGUACUCUUAAGCCUCAAGAGACUAUAAAAGUUACAUUUGUGUUAAAUGGAACUUCUAUAAAACAAACUGAUGUCAUAAAAGAUAAAUUUUUAGUACUAGUUAUUCCUGUUAUAGAAGAAAAAAAUACUGCAGAAUUUUGGAAGAUGCAGUGGGAAUCUAAGGAACAACACAUUUUGAAGUGCAAAAUUGUUAGUGAAAAUGAAGCAGGAGGUGCUUGGGAUUCUUGUAAUCAAGAUCAUCAGAACCAUAAUGAUGAACUUGAACAAAAAGUUGAAAAAUUAAUUCUUGUGGUUGCUAAUCUGGAAAAAUCUAGUAGUAUACUUGGUCAACAAAUACAAUACAUUAAAUAUUCAUUAUAUUUUGUACUGUUAGUAUGUUUGUUUGCUAUAGGAUUUUUUUGGGCUAUUUUUUAUUAUAAAUAAAAAAUAAAA